AUGACGUCUAAGACCAUCCAUGGGAUCUCGCAAUUCGAGAAGCCCUUCUCUCUACGCUGGACGUGGGAGUCACCCGGUGGAGGGUACCGUAAUGAAACAGACCACAUCAUCGUCAAUAAAAGGUUCUGCCUGACGGACGUCGCUGUUGUACCAGAGUUCUAUAUGGGAUCGGAUCAUCGCCUCCUCCGAGGAAGAUUUUCCUUCACAAGGAGAGCAGAGAAAGCCGCCGAAUAUGAACGGCUUGUAGAACAUCUUCACGAAGAAAGCGAAGAGUUGCAAAACCACAAAGAGACGCCUGUCUCCAAAAACUCUAGAGCUGAUACAGAGGCGAUAAAAGAAGACCUCAAAGAGAGAAGAGCAAAAGUGCUGGCUGAAGCUGUAGAGACGGGAUAG